UCUCUCUCUCUCUCUUACAGAUGAACAGGCCAAUCCAAGUGAAGCCAGCAGACAGCGAGAGCAGAGGAGAAGACAGAAAACUGUUUGUGGGGAUGCUGAACAAGCAGCAGUGUGAGGACGAUGUGCGGCGCCUCUUUGAGUCCUUCGGUGCCAUUGAGGAGUGCACCAUUCUUAGGGGUCCUGAUGGAAACAGCAAAGGUUGUGCAUUUGUGAAGUAUUCAUCUCAUGCUGAAGCUCAGGCAGCCAUUACUGCUUUGCAUGGAAGUCAGACCAUGCCUGUAAGUGUAAGUGUAAGUGGCGCCUCCUCCAGUCUGGUGGUGAAGUUUGCAGACACUGAUAAGGAGCGCACCAUCCGGCGCAUGCAGCAGAUGGCUGGUCAGAUGGGCAUCUUUAACCCCAUGGCCCUGCAGUUCGGCGCCUACGGAGCCUACGCGCAGGGUGUACCAGCCUGGAACACAGAAUUACAUAGCUCAUAUCCUGGAUGGCUAGUGGGAAAGACACAGGUGCAGCAGCAGGCCGCUCUGAUGGCAUCGGUAGGGCAGGGUGGCUACCUGAGCCCCAUGGCUGCCUUUGCUGCCGCUCAGAUGCAACACAUGGCCACCAUCAACGGUAUGCCAGGAGCCCCUAUGACCCCCACGUCAGGUGGCAGUACUCCUCCAGGUAUCACGGCUCCUACGGUGACCAGCAUCCCCUCCCCCAUCAGUGUGAACGGCUUCACUGGCCUCCCCCAGCAGGCCAAUGGACAGCCCCCUGGUGAGGCGGUCUUCACCAACGGCAUACACCCCUACCCAGUCUUGCAGGAGGUGGUGUUUAGGGAGGACUCGGAGAAGGCUCCCCGCAGCUGUUUUGGGGUGCAGGGCAGCUGUUUCCUGUCCCCCCUCUCUGAAGCUCAGAGUCCAACUGCAGCUGAUCCCCUUCAGCAGGCUUACGCCGGAGUUCAGCAGUAUGCAGCAGCCUACCCAGCAUACGGUCAGAUCAGCCAGGCCUUUCCCCAGCCUCCUCCCCUCAUCCCACAGCAACAGAGAGAAGGGCCGGAGGGCUGUAACCUGUUCAUCUAUCACCUUCCUCAGGAGUUUGGGGAUGGCGAACUCAUGCAGAUGUUCCUGCCUUUCGGUAAUGUCAUCUCCUCCAAAGUGUUUGUGGAUCGCGCGACAAACCAAAGUAAAUGCUUUGGCUUUGUGAGCUUCGAUAAUCCAGGCAGUGCCCAGGCUGCCAUCCAGUCCAUGAACGGCUUCCAGAUCGGCAUGAAGAGGCUGAAGGUGCAGCUCAAGAGGCCGAAGGACGCCAAUCGCCCAUAUUAACCCCGCCCCCCUCACCGCCCCUCCACCCUGGGGGCGGGGCUCCACCGCUGUGCACAGGGAACAACAGGUUUUUGUAGAGCUGGACCACACGUUGACAACAUGACAAAAACGUCGUUGACAUCAAAAGAAAACAAACAAACAAAAAAAAAAGGACCAGAUUGUGCUGGGGAGUUGAGCUUCAGAUGGAGAUGGGCUGACCGUGGAUGAUGGAGAGCCAGCCCCCAGAGAGGACUCCACAGCUGGGACACACUCCACUAACACCCCCAACCCCUCCCCUCCCCUCCCCACCCCCCACCCCCCAAGAACCAGGAUGCUUUGGGUCUCGCCAGGACCUUCCCUAUCUGUCACCAUCUGCCUGGAGAAGACCCAUCUCAUAGGACCAUAUGGAAUUAUUACUUAAAAAAUAACUAGAUAAAUUAAUGAAGAAAUGAAAAAAGAAAGCAAAAAGAAACAAAUGAACUUUUAAGAAAACUGAUAUAGACUUUUACUCUUGGGGUUUGUCUUUGUGAGGAGAAAAAAAAAACUCUUUUUAACAAUUUUAGAAGAAGUUGAAGACAAUGAGAAAAAAUGAGAAACUUUUUGGAGAAAGAGGGAACAUUUUGAAGGAGGUGACGAUUCAGGACACAAACUUUGUUUCGUUUUUCUGGGAUGGCCAUCUUUAUCUUGGAGUGCCUGUCUGUUUCCAGGGGCCACGGUUGCCAGAGCAACAGCAACAGUCCCCCUGGGAGACUUACCUGUCAUUCCUUAGUUGUUUAGGGACCAAAAGACCAAGCCUUUUUACUGCUAAAAGACUCAUAGCUGUAACAUAUGUCGGACCACUGCAUCUCUUUCGCUGUGCCAAUCAGUUCAAAGAGUUGUAUUUAAAGAAAAAAAAAUGUAUAAGUAGACUCUCUAUAAAUAUAUGUAUAAAACAUACAUAUAUAUAUAUUGCUGAUAUGCUUUUGAAUACUGGCAAAACUAUUUCAGAUGACCCUGUGGUGGGUCACUCACUUCGCUAGUUUACAACUUACUGCUACAAAAAUGAAAAAGUAUUUAUUUUUUUCUCUUGAUUUUUUUUGGUUUGUUUGUUCCUCCUCCUGUCCAGGAGGCGGGGGUGCAUGGGGAGGGUUGUUGCUGUCGCAGCCUUACCUUUUAUAUCUGCACAUCCUAACCUUGUAGUUAAGAAACCACCGCUAAACGGUUUGAAAUAUACAAACUCCUUUAUAUUUACAGUACAUAUAGAUAUAUAUGUAUAGCGAAAACAUUCAAGCUAAAAAAUGUAUUCAUAUAUAUACUGACGUGUACGAUAACACACAUAUAUAUAUGGAUACAUGGAUAUUAAUCCUGAAACCCAUAUAUGUAUUUAUAUGCAUAUAUUUUAUAUAUGUGUGUAUAUAUCUAGAAAAACGGCUAUUCGAUUAGGUAGAGCUGUACUUUUUUGUAGAUUUUAGCUGGAGUCUGAAGCACUGCUCUGCUUGGUCUUAACCCUGGGAAGAGUCACACACCUGGCAGCUCCCACUCAGCAGGCAUUCCUCUCUCUGAUGACAACAUAUAUGCCAACGCACACGGGACAAGUGUGUAUAUUAUUACUGUAUAUGUAUAUAACUGUAUAUGCUACUUCAAAGAAAAAAAAUCGCAAAAAGGCCUCUUCUUAUUAAGAAGACUUGAAGAGAGUCAGGCUCGAGAAUCAGGAUAUUUCUCCUUUUUCGACUUCUUUCCUUUCGAGAGAAAAGACUUUACACAAUAUCCUAAGCAUAUCUGCCUCUUUUGCCAAGUAGACUUGACGUACACACAGUGAACACAUGCACACACAUACACACACCAAAAAAAAACAUACACACAGGGUGUCAAACACACAUGCAUACAGUAUACAUACAAACACACAAACUCACGACCAGUGCUCUUGUAAAAGCGGGAAGUCAGACGUGAUGGUUAUCAUUUGGGUCUCUCCUGGGUGCGCUAAGACUGUAGGCCUGAUAACGUGACAUGCAAACACUGUGUUCGUUAGCGUCACACGCAGCUUCCGUUAACUUGAUGUCAAGCCCGCUACGGCAACAAUCUAGUCCAAACAGAGCUGCAAAAAAAUUAAAAAUAAAGACAAAAAAAAAACACACAAAAAAAAAAAA